AUAUAUAUAUAUAUUAUUUUUUACUUAUCCUACAAAAUUUUUGAAUUUACAGUUUUUUUGUAUGGUAAGUAGUAUCUUAAAUUAGUUAUGAUUUUAUCUCUUUCUCAGAUUUGCUAGCCAGGAACUUUGACACUUGUGUUGCAUUUGAUUUUCUUGGUGAAGUUGUGUCAACUGAUCCCAUGUGAGUCAUUGUUGAGUAUGAAAGAGAAAAAAGGUUAAUGAAUCUGGUUGCUCAGGAUUUCGUGGUACAAAAGCUGCAGUCGCUUUGUUGGACAGUUUUGCAUUGAAGUUGAAUACUUACAUUUCACAACAUCAAAAUGAAACUGAUCCGAUUAUCAUCCUGCUACGUUUGGCCAAACUCAAAUUUUAGGGUGGAAGUUGGUUUAACCAUCAUCGAUACUAUCAUUGGUUUUGAUAUGGAUGAAGGCUGGAUUAGGAUAGUAUUUUGUGUGCAAGAUAAAAGUGGGUCUUCUUCGUUCGUAUUGUUUGAGCGUCAUGUAAAAGAUCUUAUUCAUCGUGGAAACCAAUGGUUGAUGGAAAAAAUAGCUAAGGUAUGCAUGUUCAAUCUGCAGAAAAACUAUCGUGCUUACACUGUGCAGAAGUUGACUAAUGAUGAAAGGGUUCUUGUUGAGUUUUUUAAACGGUCACCAAAUCUUGAACACCAUAUUAUAAAUGAUAAUGCUACUUCUAUUAACAAGCCAAAUAAGGAAAAUACUGAUGUUGUGCAUCAUGAUAAUAUUGAUGUUGUUGACCUUGAAGCUUUAACACCAUCAUCCAGUAUGGGGAAGCGUCAUAUUCAGAUUGAUGCCAACACUAACUCUUUGGAGUGGUCUUCUUCAAAAACUGGUGUUGUUCCUUCUACCUUGAAGAUCCCAAAGUUAAAAAAGUUGGACUAAUAUGAAGCCACCCAGCAACAUUUUACAUUUCAUCUUCAAUAUGUUUAGAGACAUUUUCUUUUUAAUCUUUUGUGUGUCACACUUUUAAUUGUCUGCUUAUGGAUCUUUUGGUUGUUUUUAAAAUUUUAUUCGGCUGUUAUUUGGCGUGAACACGAUGAUAUUCGUGCUAUUUAUGACAAUUUCAAGUUAUUGAACUAUUUUCAUUUAAUGUAUAUUUUGUUUCUUCUUCUUUC